AUGAACUGGCUGUUCCCGCUCGGCAAGGGCGGUGCCGCCCCCGCCUCCGCCGCGCCGCCCGCGCGCACCGGCCUCCAGCAGCAGCGGCAGCGCCAGGUCGAGUCCCUGCGUGCCGCGCACGCCUCCAUUGCAGAAAUACAGAAGGAUGUGGAAUAUCGACUGCCAUUCACUGUAAACAACUUGACAAUUAAUAUUAACAUUUUGCUUCCACCUCAGUUUCCUCAGGAAAAACCAGUCAUCAGUGUUUUCCCACCUGUAAGACAUCAUUUAAUGGACAAGCAGGGAGUAUACGUGACUGGUCCGUUAAUAAAUAAUUUUACAAUGCAUUCAGAUCUCGGAAAAAUUGUUCAGAGUUUACUGGAUGAGUUUUGGAAGAAUCCUCCGGUUCUAGCUCCUAGCUCAACAUCAUUUCCAUACCUUUUCAACAAACCAGCUGGAAUGCCUCCUUUUGCUCCUCAGGGGUUUCCAUUUCUCCCUCCAUAUCCACCUCAAGAAACAAACAGAACAAUGGCAACCAUGCCCGUUUCUGAAUCAGUUUCUUCAAGCUACACUACAGACAAGCCUGCUGCUCCCUCCUAUGGCUUGAUUGCUGAUCUGCCACUGCCCGUUCCGACAGCAGAAGCAGUGCUUCAGGUUGGCCAGAAUGGAUUUACAUACAAGAUGCCUGAUGUUCCUGAUACGUUUCCAGAACUCUUAGAACUAAGCAUAUCACAGUUGACCAGUAUGAAUGAGCAAGAGGAGGUGUUACUGGAACAGUUUGUGACUCUUCCACAACUGAAGCAAGUCAUUACUGAUAGAGAUGAGUUAGUGAAAAGCAUUGAAGAGCUGGCAAAAAAAAACUUGUUGCUGGAGCCUAGUCUUGAGGCAAAAAGACAGACAGUGUUGGAUAAAUAUGAGCAACUCACACAAAUGAAAGCAGCCUUUGAAAAAAAGAUGCAAAGACAGCAUGAACUUAGUGAGAGUUGCAGUCCAAGUGCUCUGCAGGCCAGACUUAAAGUAGCUGCUCAUGAAGCUGAAGAGGAGUCUGACACUAUUGCAGAAGACUUCUUGGAAGGCAAAACAGAGAUAGAUGACUUUCUUAGUAGUUUCAUGGAAAAGAGAACGCUCUGCCACUGCAGACGAGCCAAAGAGGAAAAGCUUCAACAGGCAAUAGCAAUGCACAGCCAAUUUCAUGCUCCCCUAUAGACUUCCUGCAAACUACACCUGACAAGAGAACGAAUGAAAAACCCAAUAAAGCACACUUUUUAAUAACUAUUAUUUGCAAAUAAGCAUUUCAUCUUAUCUGGUUGUAUUUAUAGAAGAGAUUGUAUACAGAGUUGGGAUGGUUUUUGUACAAAUUAGAAUGUCUCUUUAUAUUCUCAUUGUACUCAAGAAUCCUUCUAUUGCAAUCUUUGCAUUAAUUUCUUGUAUUUAUUGUUGAUAGUUAUAAUAUUUAAGUUCCCUGCUGCUAUACUCCAUUAUUCAGAGAUUAAAUAUCUAAACAUGUAAUUUUGACUAGCUUUUUACAUUUUUAUAAAAACAUAAUUCAUAUCUUUUGUAUUUUGAACUUUAACAUAGAUUUGGCUUAGUCUGCGGAAGACUUUAAGUGUUGAUAGGACUUUGCAAACUAAAAAAGUCUUUAAUGAAGAUUGCCAGUGGAUUCACAAGCUGUCUUUUCUUGAAGCCAAAAUAUUAAAGAACAAGUUUUUUUACUUCUGAGUAAUAGUAGAAAACUAAGUAUAGCUUGUACUGUGUUUUGGAUAAGUAGACUGGGGAUUAAGCAAAGGAUAUGUUGCAACAAAUUAUACUGGAAUCAAAAUAGAGUAAAUUAUAUCUGCAUAGAUCUGGUAUGUUACUUAGUAGCACUGAUGCACUGGUUUCAAGAGUGGCUUGGUACUUACCACUAAUUAA